UUCCAGCUGAGCGGAGUGAUGGAGGAGGGCGCAGCCUCCGCACAGCAGCUCCUCCUCAGCAGCAGCAGCAGCACAGGAGACACCACCGACCUCAAUUAUUUUAGCAGCGCAAUUAUCACUGCAGCUCCCCGUGGUGUCUGUACUCACAAAAGGGAAUUACCGCAGAAGGAGGGCGAAGAAAAUUGUGCUCCUCAGAUGUGAUAGAUUUCAGAAAAAGAGGGACUGUUCAGAAAGAAGCAGCUUUAAAAAAAAAAAAAAAAAGAAAAGACAAAAUCUGACUGAGCAUCAAAGAUGUGGAUGGUUUGUCAGGAUGGCUGCUUGACUGAAACCUUCUGAUGGCUUUUCUGAAGGUAAUGUUAUUAGCAGCAUCCCAUCUUGGCAGAGGGAUUAACUCCAGCCUGAUUCAAACUUGACUUCCACUGGUUAUGAAAAUCGGCACUCCAAAACUAAAACGGCAGGGGCUAUGAUGUUUGUGGAGUCUGUUGUCCGAUGGGGGGCGUUGAGCAUCCUGCUCCAACUCGGAUUAGGUGUGUCUGCGGGAAGCUGUCCUCCACGAUGUGUGUGUCGACCUGAGGGUAAAGAAGUAAUCUGCUCUGGCAAACAUUUCAGUUCUGUGCCAGAGGGGUUUUCUAGUAAUGUCAGACGUUUGGACUUAUCCAACAAUAAGCUUAAGACUCUGGGACGUCGCCAAUUCUUUGGCCUCCUGCAACUUCAAGAGUUGGACCUUAGUGAUAAUAUAAUCUCCAUGAUUGAAGUGGAGGCUUUUCAGGGCCUACAGAAUCUCAGGAUGCUUCAUAUUAAGAAUAAUCGGCUCAAGAUAAUCCCAGAUGGAGUGUUUUCAGGCUUGUCAAGUUUGCGUUUCUUGGAUCUCAGCCAAAAUGAGAUUCUUGUCUUCCUGGACUAUACCUUCAAAGAAAUGGUUAACCUUCAAAUACUGGAAGCAGGGGAAAAUGAUUUAGUGUUCAUCUCCCAGCGGGCUUUCUUUGGUCUGCAGAAUCUACAGGAGCUCAACAUAGACCGCAGCAAUUUAACGUCCAUUCCCACCGAGGCAUUAUCACAGCUGCAGACCCUGAUACGUCUGCGCAUGUUACGUCUCACCAUUUCUGCACUGCCCAACAAUGCUUUCCGUCGGCUCCACCGUCUGCAAAGUCUUGUGAUUGCCAACUGGCCAGCCCUGGACACACUGGCUAGCAACAGCCUGAUCGGACUCAAUUUGACCUCAUUGAUCAUAAGCAGCUGCAAUAUAAGUGCCAUUCCUUAUUUGGCACUUCGUCAUCUGGUCUAUCUCCAUGUCCUGGACCUAUCAUACAACCCCAUCACUGUUAUCCAUGGGAAUUUGCUUGGGGACCUGCUUCGGCUUCAGGAAUUACAUCUAGCAGGAGGGGCCCUACUUCGAAUAGAGCCAGGAGCCUUUAGGGGCUUGGUCUACUUUCGCAUGCUCAAUGUCACAUCCAAUCAGCUCAGUACAUUGGAGGAGAGUGCCUUCCACUCAGUGGGGAAUCUUCAGGUGUUGAGGUUGGAUGGAAAUCCUUUGGCAUGUGAUUGCCGCCUUUUCUGGGUGGUCCGCCGACGUUUACGUUUGAACUUUGAUGGACAUCAGCCUGUGUGUUCAUCACCAGGUGCAGUGAGACAGCGUGAAUUCAGAGACUUCUCUGAGAAGGAGCUCCCAAGACUGUUUACUUGCCGCCCUGCUCGUGUCCUGGAUCGCAGGCCGCAGGAGGCUAGAGUGGAGGAGGGCAUGACUGUACUUUUUUCCUGUAAUGCUGAUGGGGACCCAUAUCCAUAUAUCACCUGGAUAUCAUCCCAUAAGAAUGUGAUUUCUUCAACAGGACGAAUUAGAGUUUUGCCCAAUGGUACUCUAGAGGUGCGUUUUGCCCAGGUUCAGGACACUGGCACAUAUCAGUGCUUGGCAAGCAACGCAGCUGGCAACGACAGCCUGACUGUUGGUCUUUAUGUGAAGGGGCUUCCUCGGAACCGCACCAUUCCCAACUUUACUGAAGAGGACUGGGUUGAACCUUCAAACACCCAAGCUGCCAACUCCUCAGCUCAAAUAUCCAAGCCAUACCCAUUUGAUGCAAAGACACUGAUCAUUGCCACCACCAUGGGCUUCCUAUCAUUCCUCAGCUCAGUGGCCAUCUGUUUUGUGUUCAUGUUCUUCUGGAGCCAGAGCAAAGGCCAGAUCAAGCACACAGCCACUAUUGACUUUGUUCCAAGGUCAUCAGUGGGAGGAGGAGGGGAUGGAGGUGAAGGUGGCAGGUUCACCAUGAAACUUAUUUAAUGCAAAGGAAAAGCUGAAAGGGUUCAUGGUACUAAAUGUGCAGCUUUAGGACAUGGACCUCAAAUACUGAGGACAAAGCUGAACCACUUAGUUGAUGUAGCAUCUCAAUUUUGAGACCUUAAAUCUCAACACUCACUUGUCUUUGUUCACCACUCAAUAAUGAAAAUCUCAUCUCACAGUCGAAAGAAAAUAACUGUUAGCAGAGGUUUUUCAUGGUUUCUGUGCUUUUCUUUAAAUCAACUGCUUGUACUUUGAAUAAGAAAAACACUACUUAUCUACUAAUUAAGUGUAAUUUUUAAGUUAAUCUAGCAGUUAAUUCAAUUUAGUGCGUAUUUUCACAGAUUUGGGGGAUUAGCAAAUGAAAACAUUUGAUGUUUAAUGUAUAUCAGGUGCUUGUUGAUCUCGUCACAUUGUACAAGUAUAUUUAGCUUCAAUUAAAUGCCAAUAAUCAUUGGACUAUGGGGUUCCUCUGUGUGUGAAGGAUUGCCUCAAGCUCAAUCAGUAUUGAUCAUCGGUAUUUUCCAGCUUUAAUGUGUGAAUAUGUGACUAUAAAGCUUUUGAUAGAUAUAAUACAGGGAGUCCCCCAAAAAAGUGCCACAAAAAUAAAGCCAUAGAAAAUCUAUACACUUUUGGAUACUGAUAUCAGUCAUAUGUCAUCUUUAAGCAUAUCUCAGGGAACUUUAUCUCUGGUGUUCAUUUCUAAUUUCAUCUCAGUUUGCAAGAGUUUUGACAUUCACAAGAUGUGCUCAG